CCAAAAGCCGCAAGCCUAUCAAAGCUGAGCCUGUAAGCAGAUACAGAUUCGCUUGGCAGACAUCAGUGGGCCGAAGGCCGCAUUGGUGCAUCUCAGGAACCAUGCGGCUAGUAGGCUUGCUGUUGGCUGUGUCAUUGGCCAAUGCAGAGACCACUUCCGAGCCCUUCGACUGUGUGGCGGGUGCACAGAACUGGAAAAUGGGUUGGUCGCAGCAAAAGAAGGUCUACUGCUGCGAGCACUACAAGCAUGGCUGUGAGGACCAUCCCCCUGCGGAGGUGGUGCACUUCGAAACGCCUCAGGCCAGUCACAACAGCUCCAUCCCACCUUGGUGGGUCGUGGCGGGUGUGAAGCCGGAGGGUCCCGAGACGGACUACGGGCCCUACCGCACGGCGGGUUUUUCAAAGGCGCAGCAGCAACAGUUCGGUGUCGACGAGACUGGGCAUGUGCAGAAUUGGCACCGCUUCACAGCGGCGACGCGGUCGUUGAAGCCCUGCAUCGACCCGAAGCAGCAGCAAAUGGGCCUGAACCAACAGGAGAUGAUGCACUUGCUAGGAGAAGUGCUCGAGGAUGCUUGGAAAGAGGUGAGGCACAAGGACCCCGCGUUGAAGGACUGGACACGCCUCAGAAGCAGCUGCCAGCAGCAAUGCAUGGCGCAUGUCCUAAGUUGGAGCUUAAGAACCUUGUGGGCUGCUGGGGAGCUCCUCUCCAAGGGUGGUGGGGCGAACUUUGCUUCCGUCCUCGCCGACGCAGUGCGGACUUGCUAUCCAGGCUUCCGCGCGAUGCGUGCAGACGAGGUGGCGCACAAGGUUUCCCACUUGGUCUCCAAAUCCCUGGAGGAACGUCUCCCAAUCGCUGCCGCAAGCGGCGACUUCACCGGGCGUCGCUUGAGCUUGACUCAGGGUCCAAGCUGUUUGGAACCCGAUCAAGACAAGGAGCAGCGGCAGCAGUUUGCCAUGCAGCUGGAGGUUGCCGUGGAGCAGGCCGUGAAGACGGCCACGAGCAAGAGCUGGGGAACCAUGGAGCAAUCUGCACGGCCCUGCCAGCAGACCUGCCGGCGUGCGGUGAUUCGGCAGGCUGCUGAGAUGCUGUGGGAUGCAGGCUUGCUGGCCAGAGGAAAUGCAGACAUGCUGGUCAUGACCUCAAUAGAGGGCGCGCUGGCGGCGUGUCUGGUGAACUUGCCCCCCAACGCGGCCGAAGAGUUGGCCGGCGAGGCGAUGCUGCUGAUGCGGCCGCCGAGCAGUGAGCCCAGGGCGUUGACCGCUGAUGGUGAGCGGCUGGUCUGAGGAGCGAGUCAUCUGGGCCGACCUGAUUCUGCCUCUCCGCUAUGUAAAUUUUGCGAUUUUGCUUCGAGUGAUCUCGCUAUGUAUUGUUCAUGCUCCUGGAGUAUUUACGAGAAAGAC